AUGAAGUACCGGUCUGGCCAGCUGUACUAUGAUGGUUAUGAGUCAGUAGCUGCCAGUCUGGCUAAGGUUGUACGACUCCAGGGUGCCCUGACUCCCUCUGAUCGCCUGCUCAGACUCACCAAACUGGCACUGGUCACGGAAGAAGGUACAAAGCAGAACUCUUUGACAAAGGAGAGGGUUGCACCAGGAGGUGGUAUUGACUUGGAGUUUGAGUCUGAUGUUGUGACCAUUUCUCCUGAGGCUGCCCUGUACGAAACCUGCUAUGUGACAUCCCACAAGGCUCAGUGUAGGGCCUCUGCCUUUACUUGUGAUGGCCAGCUGAUAGCUACCGGGUCUGUGGAUGCCUCCAUCAAGGUCCUGGAUGUUGACAGGAUGUUGGCAAAGAGUGCACAGGCCCCUGAACAGGCAGCUCAGGAAACCCCACAGCAGAACAUGGAGAACCAUCCUGUCAUACGGACCCUGUAUGAUCACAUUGAGGAGGUGACUUGUCUGGACUACCAUCCACAGUACCCCAAUGUCCAGCUCCUGGCCUCUGGCAGUAAGGACUACACAGUCAAGUUCUUUGACUUCACCAAACCGUCAGUCAAAAGGGCCACCAAGAGUAUACAGGAGGCAGAUGUUGUUCGAUGCCUGUCUUUCCACCCAUCAGGUGACUUCAUUCUGGUGGGCACACAGCACCCCACAUUACGCCUGUAUGACAGCAACACCCUGCAGUGUUUUGUAUCCUGUAACCCUGCAGACCAACAUAAGGCAGCUAUCAGUGCUGUAAAGUACAGCCCCAAUGCCAACCUGUACGUCAGCUGCAGUAAAGAUGGGGACAUCAAGGUGUGGGAUGGUGUCAGUAACCGCUGUAUUGCCACAUACACACGGGCUCAUGAUGGAGAGGAGGUGAGCUCAGUGGUUUUCUCCAGGAAUUCAAAGUACAUUUUGUCGAGUGGUAAGGACUCUCUGGUGAAGUUGUGGGAGUUGUCUACAGGCCGUGCUCUCAUCACCUACACUGGAGCUGGGUCUUCUAAACAGGACCACCGAACACAGGCUGUGUUCAACCAUACCGAGGACUUCGUGUUCUUCCCGGAUGAGAAGACCACCAGUCUGUGUUGUUGGGAUUCCAGAAAUGCUGAGCGACAGAGACUCCUGUCACUGGGACAUAACAACGUGGUACGGUCCAUUGUCCAUUCCCCAACCGGUCCUGCCUUUGUGACCUGCAGUGAUGACUACAGAGCUCGCUUCUGGUACAGAAGGGCAAACAUGGAGUAACAGGCACUACAUGGCUUGAACAAAUGGUUCUAGCUCUUCUGAAGAAAAUGUUUAGGCUCCCUGUACUUUUUCAUCCAGCAGCAGUAUGUUGUACAAUGUAUAUUCAAGCUAAAACUGUACACAUUUCGUGCAUACUAAGAUAGUAACAACUAGCAUGUCUACAAUGUAUGUGCCUGCCGGUUAUCCAGUCAUUUGUUUAGAUUGUAGUAAGUUUAUACAUUGUACAUGUCAUAGACAUUCCUGCUCUGGUAAACAAAUAACAAGUAUCUACUGCAGUCAUUUACAUUUUACAUAGCGUUAUGAAAAUAAAAUAAAAUAAAAAUUGCUAGAGCUGUGACAUAUCCAGGUAAAAAAAAAAAAAAUUGUUGACAUUCUUGUGUAAAAAAUCCACUGUUUCAGUUUGACAUACAUGUAUUACUGUAAUCAUCAGAUACAAGUAGCUGUAGGAAGUAUUGUAUCUAGUAGUGAUAGUUGGGUCUGUGUCAUUUACAUAAAACUAAUAGAAAGUCUAGCUUAUAAAAAUAGUGACUGAGACUCUAAUAAUAGGCAUCCUUCUAUCUUGAAAGAUGAUAGUAGAAUUCUAGUGUUCCAGCCAUGGAUAGCAUAUCCAGUCCUAGCCUAGCAUAGCAUUAAUUCAACCACAGUUGAAAGAUAUAGAAGUCGACACGUUCUGGAGCUGUUAACAUUACUUGUCCACCCCUUUAUAUCAAGCUGUUCCCAACUCAAUAUUAUUGUGACCAUCAUUCGCAUACAAUGACGGCAUAAGAAAAGAUAAUACAUUCCAGUUGUACCUGUAACUCACAUUUUGUAGUACCAACAAACAAAAAUGGCUGACAGCUGUGUUUCCAGCUUUUAAACACACUUGUAAGGUACCCC